AUUCAACGAAAGCUUCUACUCCAAACCAUUCUGAAUCGGAAGAUAAUGCAAAAAGCUCAAUGAUUCCACCAAAGUUAGAAAAAUUCAUAUAAAAGUAGGAAAGAUUUGAAAUAGAGUAAUUAAAUAAUAACGAAAAUAUAAAACUUUACAUAAAAUAAUAUUUUUUUUUAUUUUUAUUUUUUUAAAAAAAACAAUAAAAAAAUUAAUUUUUUAUAAAAUAAGUGUUAAACCUAAAAAGAUUGUUUUUCAAACAUAAGAAGAAAAAAUAAGAUAUAUAGAAGAAUACACAAAAAAAAUAAAAACUGAAAUGUGCAAAAAUUGGAUUACAACAAACUGGUGUAAAUUUGGAGACAAAUGCUCUUUUGCUCAUGGAAAAGAAGAGUUACAAGAUAAAAAUCAUUUGCAUUAAAAUUACAAAACAAAGCCUUGUAAAAAGUAUUUUUUUAACGGUUUUUGUUCAUAUGGUAAUAGAUGUUAAUACAUUCAUUCUGUUUCAGAACUUAUUUAAUAAAAAAAUUAUGCAUUCUUAAAAGAAGUAUAUCCUAACAAACCUGUAUUUUUGA